AUGCCACCUAAGAAAAAGGAAGCUGAAAAACCAUCGCCUUUACUAGGAAGAUUUGGUACUUCACUCAAGUGUGGCAUCGUUGGGUUGCCUAAUGUUGGGAAAUCCACCUUCUUCAAUGUAUUAACAAAAAGCUCUGCAGCUGCUGAAAACUUUCCCUUCUGUACCAUCGUACCUGUACCUGAUGAACGAUAUGAUUUUCUUGUGGAUUCUUUCAAACCAGCAAGUAAGGUACCAGCGUAUUUACAUGUUACUGACAUUGCUGGCUUAGUAGAAGGUGCUCAUGAAGGCAAGGGUCUCGGGAACGCUUUUUUAUCACAUAUUAAAGCCUGUGAUGCGAUAUUUCAUGUCGUUCGUGCAUUUGAUGAUGACGAUGUAACACAUGUAGAAGGUGUAGUUAACCCUGUGCGCGACCUUGAGGUUAUCCAUGAAGAAUUGCGAUUAAAGGUAAUGGGCGAUGCUAGUGCAUUGGAAAAAACUGUUGUAAGGGGAAAUGAUAAGAAAGGAAGACCAGAAUAUGAUGCUUUAAUGAAAAUACAAGAUGUUGUAGUAGAUCAAAAGAAAGAGGUUCGAUUCUGUGAAUGGGGCACAAAUGAGAUUGAAGUCCUUAAUAGACACUUGUUGCUAACUGCAAAGCCAGUUAUUUAUUUGGUCAAUCUCUCUGAAAGAGAUUACUUGAGGAAAAAAAAUAAAUGGUUGUUGAAAAUUAAAGAAUGGAUCGUUUCGCGGGAGCCCAAUCCGACUAUAAUUCCGUUUAGCGGUGCCUUUGAAAGCAAGCUGGUAGAUUUGGGAGCUACUGAAGCGGAAGAAUUUUUGAAAGCAAGUAAUGCCCAAAGUGCAUUAUCCAAGAUUGUUACGACUGGAUUCCGUGCGCUAAAUCUUGAAUAUUUUUUUACUGCUGGCAAAGAUGAAGUUAGAGCGUGGACUAUCAUGAAAGGUACAAAAGCGCCACAAGCAGCUGGUAAGAUCCAUACCGAUUUCGAGAAGGGAUUCAUAAUGGCAGAGGUAAUGAAGUUCGACGACUACAAAGAACUGGAAUCCGAAGCUAAUGUUAAGGCGGCUGGAAAGUAUAGACAGCAAGGCAGAAACUAUACCGUGGAAGAUGGGGAUAUCAUCUUCUUUAAAUUCAAUGCAGGCGCCGGUUUAACGUCGAAAAAGAAAUGA